ACAAUAUGGCGGAAGUCCUCCAGCUGUUUUGUUGUAUACUAGCUGUAUACGGGGAUUUCGCGUAGUCUUCGUAACGAUAAAAGAUUAUUACAUUAAAUAGUUUUUUUUUUUUUUUCAAUUUGUUGUGAUGCUAAGAUUGCUUCUUGAAGUGUGAUUAUUAGCAAAUAUUGAUUGCUUUGAUAUACUUACGAAAUCUGUAGACAUAGACAACAAUAGGUAGAAGUGUGCAAAACACGUGUAGCGUUUUAUAAAUAUUCUGACAAAAUAUGCUCAUUCAAUUUCUUGUCCUUCAAUAUAGAAAUUUCCUGUAAUAUUGAUGGUGUCUUCAUUAUUACGAUACCCAAUUCUGUUCUGCUUAUUAGACUUGAUUUAGCCAAUAUCGAUACAAAUUAUAUUCAAUUGUAUUGAUAGAUUUUACGAAAAUGAAUUUCAAAUCAUACGAAGGAUUUUGUGACUUGUGUGUUAAUGUACCAAAUGGAGGUGUGGAUAGUUUAAAUGAUAUUUUAGUAAAGUUAUAUGAAAUGGGUUAUAGAACAGUGGCAUUGAACCAAACUGUAAAUGAUAGUGCCAUAGAAAGUGAUAAAAAAAAGAAGCAAAAGCUGGAAACAAAUGUGGUGCCGAAUCCAAUUGAUGUUUCAAAAUUAAAUGAGAAAUGGAAAGGAAAACUGUGUAUUCUUAACAGGAUAACAUUAAUUUGUUCAAGUGUUGAAAAAGCUCACGUAUUGACGCAACAUGCAAAUUUUAGAAAAUAUGAUAUAUUUGCUCUUGCUCCAACAAAGCAAGAUCUCUUAGAGAAAACUUGUGAACAAACAAAAGCAGAUCUUAUUACAUUAAGGCCAGAAAUUUCUGGCAUAAAAAUCAAUCGUAAAGUAUAUCGACAGGCAAUAGCAAGAGAUCUGUAUUUCGAGAUACAGUACGUAGAUCUUUUGAGACGAAGCACACGUGUAGCAGUUCUUCAUCAUUCUUAUCAAUUACAAAUGUGCCGAAUAAACAUGAAUAUAAUCAUGUCUAGUGGUGCAAGCAACAAAAAGUUAAUUAGGAAUCCUUAUGAUAUCAUAAAUCUUGGAUGUGCAUUAGGUUUGAGACGAGAUAUAGCAAAAGCAGUCAUAUUAAACGAGUGUCAACUGCUGCUUUUGAAAGCCAAAAAGCGAAUAGCCGGCAAAGCGGUGUUUACGGUAGAAAUUGCAGAAGAGCCAGAGGAAGAUGACGAAGAAGUGGAAAAGAAACGAAGAAAGAAUUAAUCUCUAACUACAAAUAAUUUGUCUUUUAUAUUUUAUGCUUAAUAAAUAAAAUUCUGUUUUAUAGUUUUUAUACAUGCCAAUAAUAUGUUAUUUUCAAAAAGUAAAUUUAUUAUAUUUUUGUAAAUAUACAUAGAUUUCUAAAUUUUUAUUUCUCUCAGAAAAUACUCUUGUUUCAGAAUUCUCUUAAAUUUAUCUGGUAGAGCCAUCUGUUAGCCUAUUCUGUACUUUUCUCGCAAUACACUGUAUGUGUAAGCCUCUGUUUAUAAUGAUAAAACAUUAUUAAAUUGUAACAUUCGUA